AUGCUCCUACCUCAAAGGAAAAGUGUGCGGGACGUCGCCUAUCAGUAUGUGAAGAAAGGGUCUCGAAUAUACAUUGAAGGAAAGGUCGACUACGGCGAAUACACAGACAAGAACAAUGUGCGGAGACAGGCCACGACCAUCAUAGCAGAUAACAUAUUUCUGAGUGACCAGACCAAGGAGAAGGUCUAG